UGGAACGGGCUUGGUUGAAGGCCCAACCCAAGAUGCUGAUAGAUAGAGCCUAGCCUAGGGGAGAGUGCAGUGUUAGUGUUAUGUUAGGGCAACGCAACGGUGAGUGAAGGGAAGGAGACAAGACAACUAACUAAGCAGGAAGAAACAAAGAAUGGCGGCGAGUGAGAAGAAGAAGAAGAAGGAGGUAAAGCGAAAACGAAAAGAAGAAGGUAAUGAUGAUAAUGAUGAUGAUAGAAUGAAUAAAAAAGAGAAAACGGAAACAAAUUCAAAUUCAAACAAGUUAGAAGGAUCUCGAGCGGAGGAGCAAUUGCGUUUCUUUUUCGAUCAAUUUCAGGCUGCUAACGGUUUACAACUUUCUUCUAUCGAGUUGGAAUCCCUCAAAGAUGCGUCAUCAUCAUCUUCCAUUUUGGAGUUGCCACAGUCAUCAUCCUCCCUCAAAAAUACAGAUACAGAUUUAGAUGUCAAAAUGUUGGGGAUAAAUAUUAAAGCUGCAUUUGGGAAUUCAUGGAGACAGGCGCUCUAUGAAAGUGAACUCGGCCACGGCGACGGUAAAAUCCCUCCCGGUAGCCCCUCAGUUCUUAUCAUCUCUUACUCUGCUUUAAGAUCCAUUCACCUUUUAAAGGGCUUUCGUUCCAUCACUAAACAAUGCAGCGCUGUCAAGUUAUUCUCCAAACAUAUCAAACUUGAAGAACAGAUUUCUUUGUUGAAAAACCGUGUUAACAUUGCUAGCGGCACACCAAGCAGGAUAAAGAAGCUCAUUGACAUCGAGGCGUUAGGCCUUUCAAGGUUAAAAGUACUUCUGCUUGAUGUGCAUCCCGAUGUAAAGGGCUAUUCCUUGUUUACCCUUCCACAAGUCAGAGAUGAAUUCUGGGACCUAUUCAAGAAUUAUUUUUAUCAACCGAUGAUCAAGGGUGAUCUGCGUAUCUGUCUCUACGGUCCAUACCAGAUGGCUGCUCAUUCAAAAGGCAAAAAAGGACGUCCUGUUCCUGAUAAAUAAUAUCUGACGGGAAUCAUUUAUCAUACUUGUCUUGUUUACAAUAUCUUAUACUUAUGAUUCCAUUAUCUUUAAAUGGCAUCCAUUUUGUAUGAAAGGAAUGUUACUAUUAUUAUUAGUACCUUAUUGUUUAAGUUAAAUUUGUCCACACAGAGAGAUUGUAUUGCCUAAAAAAGACCUUAUUUACUUUA